AUGUACUCUUUCAGUGCCCCUUUUGCGCGACUGGUGUGGGCUCUCUCGCCAAUACCGGCUCCUCCUGAAGGUAUAAUGAUGCAGUCUUUGUACUCCAAUGUGUAUCAUGUGCUUAGUGUUCAGAAAGCAUAUCCUAGAGAUGAUAUACAAGCCGACAUUGUUCUUUGGCUGUUAUGGCGUCUGUGGAAAAAUAGAAAUGAAUUUCUAUUUAAAGGGAAGGAAUAUGAGGCAAGGAGUAUCUUAAAGAGAGCAGAGGAGGAUGCUGAAGAAUGGCAGAGGAAGCAGCAGGCUGAAGUAUCUGAGGCUGAGAGACUUGGAGUAAAACGACCCAUGAUUACUAACCAUGUAAGCUCGUGGACUCCUCCUCCUACAAACUGGCUGAAAUGUAACAGUGAUGGAUCAUGGCACAAAGAUAAAGCCACCAGUGGACUACGUUGGAUUUGUAGAGAUGAGAAUGGUCAUGUAAUAUGGGCAGGGGCGAGAUCUGUGAUCAAGGCAACAUCACCUAUUCUUGCAGAGGCAGAAGCGCUUAAAUGGGGAGCAGAGACAAUGGCAAGCUUUGGCUAUAACAACAUCAUCUUUGAGUCUGAUUUGCUAGCUCUGGUCAGGAUGAUCAAUGGGUCUGAGGAGGUCUGGCCGGUCCUGCAACCAACGAUAGAGGUGAUCCGCUCGACUUUAUCACAUAUUCAGAAAUUUGACGUAAGAUUUUCUUUGAGAGGUGAAAAUAAGGCAGCUGAUAGAAUAGCAAAGGAGUCAUUCACUUUUGUGUCCAGUAUUCCUAAGUUAUAUUCUAUAGUGCCAGUGUGGCUGAAGUAUCAAGUUAGGUCUGAUAAUACAAUGUAUCAAAAAAAUGUUGGUGAAUGA